AUGUCGAGCCUCGAUCUCAAACAUGUCGGGCAGCCGGAUUCGAAAGUUUGUGACGAUGAGCCAACCACCACAACUCAAGUCGAUUGGACUCGGGAGGAGGAAGCAAAAGCUAAGCGCAAAUUAGACUUGGUCAUCAUUCCGCUUCUGAUCUUGGGCUUCUUUUGCCUUCAACUUGAUCGUGGCAAUAUCGCGAAUGCCAAAAAUGAUACACUGCUAGAAGAUAUCGGUAUAACACAAUUCCAAUUCAAUGUCGGCCAACAACUUUUGUCCCUCGGUAUCGUCCUGUUCGAGAUCCCGUCCAACAUGAUCCUCUACAAAGUUGGCCCCGGCAAGUGGCUCACUCUACAGCUCUUUUUAUUUGGGCUCGUCAGCACAUUUCAGGCUUGGCAGACAAAUUAUAGCGGCUACCUCGCUACACGCUUCCUCUUGGGCAUGACCGAGUCUGGAUACAUCCCUGGUGGGCUGUGGGCGCUGUCGACCUGGUACACGCGCGAGGAGACGGCCAAGCGGGUCAUGCUCUUCUUCUUUGGCAACGAGCUGGGCCAGGCCUCGUCCAAGCUCAUUGCCUAUGGCGUCUUGCACAUGAAGGGCGUGGGGGGACGGCCAGGGUGGUUCUGGCUCUUUGUCAUCAUGGGAAGCUUCACCAUUUGCUGCGGCAUCAUUCUUGGCUUCUGCUUUCCCGACUCCUUUAGGAAUCCUCACAGCACUUUCUUGCCUCGACAUGACAUCUUUACGCCACGGGAACUCCACAUCCUCCGAAGCCGUGUCCUUCUCGAUGAUUCGAAGAAGGAGCAAAAGAAAGAGCGCAUUGGCAAGGAGGCGUUCAAGCGAACUUUGACCAAUUGGCGAUUAUGGGUUCAUGUUUUCAUCACGCUUUUGAAUAAUGGCCCCUUUCGAGCACUAGACACCUAUUCUCCAACCAUUGUGAACCUGUUGGGUUAUCCCAAGUUGCAAAGCAAUGCCAUGGCAUCCGUCGGCCUAUUCUUGCAAGUGCCCGUGUCCUUUGUCUUUAGCUACGUUUCGGACCGGUUUAACAAGCGAGGUGAGACCGUCAUGGGCGCUCUCAGUAUGCACAUGCUGGGUUACAUCUUGGAUCGCGCGUUCACUCAGCUCAGCAAUCCCGGCGUCCGAUACUUUGGCAUCAUUUGGACACAGAUAUUUGCCAAUUUCCCUCAUCCUCUCAAUAUCGCCUGGAUGUCUCUGGCCUGCCGUGACUCGGAAGAGAGGUCUUUGGCCAUGGCCAUGAUCAUCAUGAGCGCCAAUAUUGGUGCUAUCUACGGUGCACAGAUUUUCGAGUCGGAUGACGCACCGCUCUACCGGCGCGCAUUUACUGUGAAUCUUUCGUUGCUGGCGGGAGCGCUGGCAUUGGCAAUUUUCAAGUAUGGCGACGAUGUUCGAUUGCGAAGGAGAAAGCAGUCGGGUUCCAUGUAG